AUGGUGGAUACAUCUAUUCCAAAGUUACCUAAUCUCGAACUUGCACAUUACCGUUUUAUUUUAAAUAAUCCAAAAACUCCAGAAUAUUAUGAAGAAGCGAAGAUUAAAAUAUUAAGUGCAAUUGAGGAAAAUAAUAUGGCUCCUUUCUAUCAAUUAAUUACUGAUGAAGCCAAGAUUCCUCUUGAUAAAGCACUAUUGGCUAAAUAUCAAGAAGUUAAUAAAAAAGAGUUACAGGAAUUAGACGAAAAACUUCAAGAUGCAGAGAAAAACUUGGGUGAAACGGAAAUCAGUGAUGCAUUAUUAGCUAAAGCCGAGUAUUUUUCCAAAAUCGGGGAUAAGGAAAAAGCACUUGCUGCAUAUAAUGUAGCAUUAGAAAAAACAGCAGGAUUAGGUUCUCGAAUUGAUAUAAUCUUUUCAUUUGUACGAAUUGGCUUUUUCUUUAACGAUAAUGAUAUCAUUAGUCGUAAGAUAGAACGUGCGAAAAGCUUGAUCGAGGAAGGAGGGGACUGGGAUCGACGCAAUCGACUUAAAGUCUAUGAAGGAAUUUAUAGAUUAUCGAUACGUGAUUUUAAAACCGCGGCUAAUUUAUUUCUUGAUACAUUGUCAACAUUCAUGUCAACAGAAUUAAUGGAUUACAAAGAUUUCGUGAAAUAUGCAGUUUUAGCUGGUGCAAUAUCUCUUAAUAGAGUGGAUUUAAAAAAGAAGGUGAUCGAUGCACCAGAAGUCUUGGAAGUAUUACACGAAAUACCACAUUUAGGAGAAUUUAUUAAUUCGCUUUAUAAUUGUGCAUAUUCGAAAUUUUUUGAAUCUCUUGCUGACGUAGAACGAAAUCAUCUUCGUACAUCAAGAUAUUUGUUCUCCCAUUUAAGAUAUUAUGUUCGUGAAAUGCGAAUAAUUGCGUAUGCACAACUUUUGGAAUCUUAUCGUUCGCUUACCAUGGAAAGCAUGGCGAAUGCAUUUGGUGUAUCUGAAGAAUUUAUUGACAAUGAUUUAUCAAAAUUUAUUGCGGCAGGACGCCUUAAUUGUGUUAUUGACAAAGUGAAUGGAAUUGUGGAGACAAAUCGACCUGAUGCAAAGAACGCCCAAUAUCAACAGACAAUCAAACAAGGAGAUAUUUUACUAAAUCGUAUUCAAAAACUUUCUAGAGUCAUUAAUGUAUAA